GAGCUUUUAAUUUCAUCAUAUGCUGUGCUGUGUAAACAAAACAAAGUUUAUGACGUCCGGGUUAAAGCGCUUUCUUCCUUAGGAAUAUAGCCAGUUGUGAGUUGUGGUGUUUGUUUAUUAAUUGAAUGAAAAGGGUUUUGACUCUUGAGAUCUAAGAAGCUAAAAUUUUAUCCCUUUUUUGGGUUUUAGUUCUUGGUACUUAAUGUGGCAUCUUCAAGUUGUUGAAUCCUAGAAGAAUGUUAGGAAAGUUGUUAGCUUCUCCUCUGUUCACCUUUCAUUCUGUAUCACACUGUUUUUCCACUCCUGAUAUUGCUACAGUUUUCCCAAAUAAUGCUCUCUCGAUCGUGAACUUGUCCAGUGGAGUCCCACCAAAUCUUUUCUUUGGGAUGCGUAGCUCCAAAACUUAUCAAAAGAAAUGGGUGAUAUAUUCAACCACACAAGUCGGAAGUAUAACUUUAAGCGAUGGAGAGAGGAAGAAAUGGGAAGCAUGUAGAAAACCUCUGUCUGUGUUUGAUUUUGGCAUUGAAGAGGAAGACAAGAUACUUGGAAAAGCAUUUGGCCAUAUCCAUUCACCGUACUGGAGUGAAGAACGCAAAAGAGAAAUCCCCGAGUGUGAAACUGUUAACGAAAUAUUAGAUUAUCUGAGAAACCUAAGCCUCAUGGAUGAUGAUAUCCGUAAACUGCUUAAAAAAUUUCCUGAAGUUCUUGGAUGUAAUUUGGAACAUGAGUUGAAGAACAAUGUGCAGAUCCUGGAAAAAGAUUGGGGGAUCGAAGGAAAAACAUUACGGAACCUUCUUUUGCGAAAUCCAAAAGUCUUAGGCUAUAAUGUUGACUGUAAAGGGGAUUGUAUGGCACAAUGCACUCGAUGUUGGGUUCGGUUUUAGAUCAUUAGAUGCCUUGAUUUAUUCAAUUAUAAUUUUCUACACAAAGAGAGAGUUAUCACUUAGUGAAGCAUGAUUACAACUUUAAUUCAUA